CUUCUCACCUACCUACUUAAUUACCCAUCUCCAUGACUCCAUCUCAUCUCUAUAAAUUCAACUCUUCCAUUUCAACACCUAUUCGUCAUCUUCACUCUAAUUUUUCUAGCUUUUCGGCCUUCUUUUACUCAUCACUUUUCUGAUCUGUCUAUCUAUGGCAACACCCUCAAUCGCUCAUGAAUCCUUUCCUUGGGAUUACGAUGUGUUCUUGAGCUUCAGAGGUGAAGACACACGCAAAACUUUCACUGAUCAUCUUUAUUCUGCGUUGCGUCAAGCCGGAAUCCGCACAUUUAGAGACGAGGAGGAGCUCAGAAAGGGUGAAUAUCUUGCUCCUGGGCUUAUGAGAGCAAUCCAAAGUUCAAGAAUCGCUGUGAUAGUCUUCUCGAAAGAUUACGCCUCGUCUAGGUGGUGUCUUGAUGAAUUGGUGGAAAUUGUGGAGCUCAAGGAGAAGGAAAAACUUAAAGUUUUUCCUAUUUUUUACAACGUUGAUCCUUCCGAAGUGCGUAAGCAAAGUGGGAACUAUGGCAUGGCCUUGGCAAAGCACAAAGAGCGUUUUCACGGGAGUGAUAAAGUGCAGAAAUGGAGAGAUGCACUCACUAAAGUCGCCGAUAUGUCGGGAUGGGAUUUGAAAGGAGUCGCCAACGGGUAUGGUCUUGCCCCAUUUCUCAUUAUUUGAAUUGAGUAAUUCUUAUUUUAUUUGUAAUGAGUUAUGCCCCAUUGGACAAAACUUUUGAUUAUAGAUGUCCUUCAUUCAAACUUACAUUGCAUUGGGCAUCUCUAUAUAUGAUGUUGCAAAUAAUUGAAUAUCUCAUAAUUGAGCAUACAUUCAAAGUUGCAUAUUAAUAAUAUACUUCACACGCAGGCGUGCACACACAUAUAUGAUUAUUGAAUUACAGAGACACUUUAUUUAGAGACUGAUUAUAUAUUCAUUUGCAAGUUUCAUCAUAAUGCUUUC